CAACCGAAAAUGACCUUUCCGUUUCUUCUUGUUCUUCGUCCUGAGCAGAGGAGAAGCCACGCUCUUCAGCCAACCAACCUCUCUGCCAGUGCCAGGUGACAUUUGUCAAUUUUCUUGGUUCUUUCUUGAUUGCUUGGUUGUUCCAACUCUUAAUACUGAGUUUGAAUCUUUCCCCACAAAUGUUGUUUAGUUUCAAUUCAAAAUUUUAGAAAAUUGUUUGGGUUUAAUGCAUGCAUUCAUGGCAUUGAUAUUGAAGCUACUAGGAAGAAGAGCUAACUUCAGAAGACACCCAAUAGCCUUUACUGUUAUUGAUGCAUUUUUUUCAUCAUGGUCAUCAAGGAACCCUAAACCCACUUCUUAUUCAAACCCUAAUUUGUGUGCCCAAUGUGUGGAAACCAAUCAAUUUGAUGAUAGUGAACAUGGGUUUGAGAGAGUCAAGGAAACGGGAGUUAAGAAAUCUAGUGCUGACUGUAGAGAAAAUUAUUAUUUUGAUGAUUCAAAUGAUGAGUCUGAAGGAGUAGAGGGUGAGAGUGAUAGCGAUGAUGAUCUUAGGGUUCUGAACAUGGUCAAUACAAAGCAGCUGCAAAAAGGGGAAGAUUUUAUGAGAGUUGAAGGGGAUGAAGAUGAAUUAAGACACCCUCUAGUGAAAGAAGUUUGUAGGGUAAUUGAUCUUGGGUCAUCUUGGACUCCCAAGCUUGAAGGGGAGUUGAGGCACUUACUUAGAAGCCUCAAACCUCAGCAAGUUUGUGCUGUGUUGAGCUCUCAAGUUGAUGAACGGGUGGCUUUGAAAUUUUUCUAUUGGGCUGAUCGGCAGUGGCGGUACCGUCAUGACCAAAUUGUAUACUAUGCAAUGCUCAAUGUUCUCAGUAAGACUAAGUUGUGUCAGGGUGCUCGAAGGGUCCUUCGUCUCAUGCUCAGAAGGGGAAUUCAAUGUUGGCCCGAAGCUUUUGGUUGUGUGAUGAUUUCAUAUAGCCGAGCCGGUAAUAUCAAGAAAGCAAUGCGAGUCCUGUAUCUGAUGCAAAAGGCAGGAGUUGAACCCAAUUUGUCCAUAUGCAACACAACCAUUCAUAUUUUGGUAAAGGGGAACGGGUUGGAAAAGGCGCUGAGGUUCUUAAAUAGGAUGCAAAUUGUAGGGAUUGAACCUAAUGCUGUCACUUAUAAUUGCUUGAUCAAAGGGUAUUGUGAUACUCAUCAGAUCGAAGAUGCAUUACAGUUGAUCGCCAAAAUGCCAUUUAACGGUUGUUUACCAGAUAAAGUUAGUUAUUAUACAGUGAUGGGUUUUCUCUGCAAGGAGAAAAGGAUCAAAGAAGUGAGGGAGUUGAUGGAGAAGAUGUUGAAAGUUAGCAAACUAUUGCCAGACCAGGUUACUUACAAUACACUUAUCCAUAUGCUAUCCAAGCAUGGUCAUGGUGAUGAGGCACUUGAAUUUUUGAGGGAAGCAGAAGAGAGAGGAUUCUUGGUCGAUAAGGUUGGGUAUAGUGCAAUAAUUCACUCAUUCUGUCAAGAGGGAAGGAUAGAUAUGGCAAAAGAACUUGUAAGCGAAAUGUUCUCAAAGGGCUGCAACCCUGAUGUAGUGACUUUCACUACUGUUAUCAAUGGGUUUUGUCGCAUAGGAGAUGUGGAUGAAGCCAGAAAGUUGCUCCAGCAGAUGGAAAAGCAUGGUUGCAAACCAAACACUGUAUCAUAUACUGCCUUUUUAAAUGGGCUUUGUAGAAAUGGGAAAUCGGCAGAGGCGAGAGAAAUGAUGACCUCUAGUGAGGAAGAAUGGUGGACCCCAAAUGCCAUAACAUACAGCGUUGUCAUGCAUGGGCUUCGUAGGGAUGGUAAAUUAUCCGAGGCCUGUGAUUUAGUCAAAGAAAUGGUCAGCAUGGGCUUGUUUCCAACUCCAGUCGAAAUUAACUUACUGAUUCAGUCUCUUUGUCGAGAGGGUAGAGUAAAUGAUGCUAAGAAGUUCAUGGAGGGGUGUCUGCAUAAGGGGUGUGCAGUGACUGUGGUGAACUUUACCACUGUAAUUCAUGGGUUUUGUCAGAAAGAUGACUUGGAUGCUGCUCUCUCAUUGCUUGAUGACAUGUAUUUGAGUAACAAACACCCCGACACAUUCACGUAUACGACAGUUAUUAACGCAUUAGGAAGGAAAGGUAGAAUAGAAGAGGCAAUUGAACUGACCAAGAAAAUGCUUCAAAAGGGUUUAGUUCCUAGCCCUGUUACAUACCGGACAAUCAUCCACAGGUUCUGUGAGCAGGGUAGGGUGGAAGAUUUGUUGAAAUUAUUGGAGAAGAUGCUUUCAAGACAAGAGUGCCGAACAGCGUAUAAUCAGGUUAUAGAAAAGCUUUGUAGUUUUGGAAACCUUAAUGAGGCUUACAAACUCUUGGGGAAGAUUUUGAGGACAGCUUCAAGAAUAGAUGCCAUUACUUGCCACAUGCUCAUGGAGAGUUAUUUAGGUAAAGGGAUUCCUCUGUUGUCAUAUAAAGUAGCAUGUCGAAUGUUUAAUCGGAAUCUGAUCCCGGAUUUGAAGUUAUGUGAGAAGGUGAGCAAGAGGUUGAUGCUAGAGGGGAAAGCAGAUGAAGCAGAUAAGCUGAUGCUACGGUUUGUAGAACGGGGAUGCAUUUUACCUCAGCACCCACAAAAUGUGCAAAGCUAGGCUGCAUUCUUCUCAAUUGAAUUGUGAUAGCCAUGGUUUUGUUUUCAAUUCGUUGUACUCUGGUGAUGGAGCUAUAUCUUGAGUUUCAAUCAUGUCAAGGUGAGCAAGAGAUUGAUGUAGGAGAAGGAAUCCAAAUGAACCCAAUCCAAUUUGAAAGGUCUGGACACCCACUAAGUUUAGGCUUGCUUGUGAUGCUGCAAGGACUUCCCCUCUGGAAAUAUAGGCUCUUGAACUGGAUUUCUUUACCAAGUUCCCUCUUGGCUGACAUGCUGCUUGGAAUCAGCACGAACAGGGGAUUAUGCAUUCUAUUGGAUGCAUUUUACCUCAAUUUGAACUGUAUUUGUUGAGCACCUUGGAAUGUUUUUUUGAGCUGCAGUGAGAUAACCAGGGUCUUGCCUAUCCAUCGAGUGCCCUGCUGCUAGAAUUGUGUGUUAUAGAGCUUCAAUCAUGGUGAGCCGGUGCGUGAUCAGGGCCAGAGUUGACAGCCCACGUUUCAGUUUUGUCUGCCAACUCUUGCGCCUCCCGAGGAGGUUCCUGUUGAAAUCAGGAUGGUUGCAGGACAGUAAUGCAGUACUUUCGCAUUUUAACGAGUACUCAGAGCAUUGCUUUGUAGAGGUUUCCACUGAUUUCUCUAGAAAUGCACGUCUCUUAAGGUCUAUGAAGUCAGACCUCGAUUACAUAUUUCAAAAGUUGAGAAAAUGCUCUGCUUAAAUCGAAGUGGAAGAAUUACAGCCCAGGAUGCGCUCAAGCAUUCGUACUUCAGAAAUGUUGCAGCUGGUCGUUGAUAGCCAUCCCUCAUCCUAUCUGCUUGCUGGAAUGGACUGAAACAGUACAAUGUGAAUGCACCUUGCUACUAUCAGGUAGAUGGAUAAGGUGAUGGCGGUUUCAUUUGCAAGACAAUCAAGAACUUUGUGGAUUACAUACAUGGUGGUCGUCUUUUGAAUUUAUUAACUUUUGUGUUUGAAAAAUGACACAUGGAUUUGUAAAUUGUUGGUGGAUUAUUUUUGGUGGUUAAUUUUGAAUUUGUUGUGGUUGUUUUGAAAAA